CUCGUCCGAUAUUUUGUGUGACGUAAAAUAAGAAUAUUUCAUACCGUUAGUCUUGUUGUACCUAAGUCUUGUUGGAUAUAAUAAAUAAAUAAAUGUGCAUAAAUAUGUUCGGAUUUUGUUUAACUGAGAGCACAUUUUCGGCAUAUCAAUAAAUUGUGUUCGCGUCCAAUUAAAUUAGUGUAAAUUAAAAGAUACAAAAGUAUCUAAGGCGUUGUGUGUUUCACGGUUUGGUGGAAGGUGGUGGGUAUAAAAAGCCCCCGUGUGCUCGAUCGACAUUAUUUAUGUGGGUGGAAUUUUCGAAUAAAGUUCUAUUUUCCAUAUUUUUUCGUCAAAAUUCAGAUACGAUUUAUGUAUAUGCGUCCUGAGGAUACGGUUAAUAUUUUUUGUCGAAUUUAAUUUUCACGUGAUGUGUUGUGACGACGUCAUUUUGAGUCGCAAACGAAAAAAAAUCAAAGUUAGAUGAAAUUUAAAGGCGCAGCCGAAAACGAAACGAAAAACUCCGUCAAAAAAUGACUGACAAAAGUCAGUCAUCAUCGCAAUCACGACAACAACAGCAGCAACAACAAAAUGAGAAUGGUGGGUCUGGGCGUCCUGGAAUACCUGAGCUUACGGCUGAAUGGGUAGUCCGAGCCCAAUUGACAUUUGGUCGACCCGGAGAAACGGUUACCAGAGAUUUCUCAACGAACAACAACAAUAGCACCAUCAACCCAGUUCGGGUCGUCUAUAGAUGGAGCUCGGGCGAGGCAGGCCCUGGGGAAGAGGAGAAACCUUCGCCUUCGAGUCGAGAGACUCCAGUCGGUUCGGGACAAUCUACACCUUCAAAGACAAAAGGUAAGCAUGCUGAGAGUUUUAAUUCAGCCACUUCGGGAGAAUUUGGUGCUGGUGAUUCGGCCUUCAGCGGAUCCAAUACGCCAAAGAACAAAAAGCAGCAACAGAAUCAACCAAUAUACGGAACAAGGUGUCGAAGUACUUGCAAUAUCAUCGUAUCAGCUGUGGCAGAUUUUCUGCCGAACAAUGCUGGCAAUAUUAUUCCAGAAGAACCAGAUCCGUUUGUGUUCAAUACGACAGCUCGUUAUACUGUUAUACCGGAAAAGCUCUCCGUCCCUGAUGAUGGUUCUGCUGUGGCAUCGAAAAAUUUUACAUCUGGUAAAAUUCUUGCUCUACGUGAUGCCUUCUCGCAAACAAGCGACACUGAAACAACGAAAUUUCUCAACACCCCCAACCCUAUCAGAGAAUUUCGCUACUCCAGCCGCAGUCCGCCCACCGAUAGACGAUCAACACUUGACGAUUUUAGGCGUCAGCAGAGACGAUUCUAUGAUCAUAAUCGUCGUGCCACAGACACACUGUUGCCAUUGCCUACCUCACCCAUAGCCGGAGUCGACGAGGGAAACUCAUUUACGCCCUCGUACACACCAUCGCCUACGCAAACGUGUAAAUCAGCUUCCCUGCCAAGAAUUCCUCCACUUCCAGGUCAGCAGAGGCAACUUUUACAGCAACAAGCUGCUAGUGGGCCAAAGUCAGAACCGAAAAAACCCAGAACCGUUCACAUCGAUGUCUAUUGCACAGGUUCGGAUGAGGAUGACGACGAAAAUGAAGAGGAUGAUGAUGACGCAGAUGCAGAUGAAUUGGACAUCGAUGACUCGUCUAGUUCAUCUGAUAGUUCUAAUCACUUGUCCAAUUCCACCCCCCAGACAGUGUUGGACAACGAACAAAUGUUGCUACGUCAUCAGCGAAUAGGAGCACAUACUCUUCCGAGAAGAGUUAACCUGCAUCGUGAGAAAUUCGCUGGCCGUUCGCCAAAUCCCCCCACAACGGUGUCAAGCACUUCGCGGUCUGAUUUGAAUGUCGGUCAUGCCAUAACCAAGUCAAGCACAGCCGAGGAGGUUUCCGAGUCGAAACAGUUGCUCUUCCGCAAGCACAUUGGCGAUCAGAGAGCUGCAAAGCUUCAGAAUCUACGACAGAAGUAUAUCCGGAAGGAUCCCAGCGACGAUUGCAUCAGCUCCAACUAUCCGAAUUCGUCAAGAUCGACCAUGAGAGAUGCGACUUGUAGUAGUAUAUCGAGUGCAAUGGCCUCUCAGGAUCAGGAAUCUUCCUGGAAGGACACAGAAGACAUUGAGGUGAGCGUGAGUCUGGCCAAAUCGGAUAGUUUUGACUACGACAAUUCUGUGGAUCGUUUGCGAAUCAGACACAUGGAGUCUCUUUGGUCUCGACCUGAGAUUGAGUCCAACUUCGCCACCACCAGAAGUCACACUCAGCCGGUGUUUCUUCAUCCAAUUUCGGAGGGAAACUCACAAAGAGCCUCUCCUUAUACUCCAAAUGUGCCGAUGGAACGCAAUGACACUCUUCCAUCGGAAUCUGAGAACUAUUCAGAGUCUGAUAACGUCUUUUAUCCCUACCAUCAUCGGUUCAGUGCUCCAGCUCAACAGCAACUCUAUGAGCCUCCACCGCCUCCAACCUCACCAAGUCACCCACCAAAGAUUGUCUACUCCUAUCCGGCAACUCCAACCCGAGAUCCGCCGGCAUUUAUGCAGUUUUUCGGUCCACGACCACAAAGCCCCCAAUCCACAGGGUAUCAGCCUACUUUUCGCCCAGGCUUGCAAAGGUGGAAGAGUGAAGCUCGUGACGAUCUUGACUCAUCAUCACUUAGACCCGCACAGACUUUCCAGCGAGCUGGCAGUGAAACUCCAUCCUCCCCCACUAAGGCUCUUUCCCCAGAGGUAUCCCUCUCUCCACCAGUUCGACAAGUUCCUUCAAAAUAUCCCUCCCCAGUUCCAUCCCUUAAACCAGAUUCCUCAUCGAACCGUGAAAGCAGUGUGGCUGCAAGUAGUGUUGCUGCCAUCAUUAAAGGCUACACAGCUGAGCAUUUGCAAAAAGCUCAAAAAUUCGGUAAAGUCAUGGGGACAGUUCGUAAGCCUGGACAUCAUGUUGGACCGACGAAAAAUCCGAAUUGUUUAUGUGAGCAUUGCCAACGCUGGAUGGCCGAACGAUUCCAAAUAAGAAGUAGAGCCUUUUCGGUCGGCGAUAAACCAAUCGUAUUGAAAAGACCAAAUUUUAACAGAAAUUAAGAGUUAAAAAAAAUAACUAACACAAGACAAGAGAAAAAACAAGAGAGAAACACAACACUGCCAGAUCAAAAACAAAAAUAAAAAUAAUUUGUAAUUAGAUUGUAGGAAUUUAUGUAUUCGAAACAAGAG